GAAGAACAGGUAUGUAUUCAAAUUGGCAGGGAGUAGAAGUUGCGAUUUGAGUUGGUCAAGAGGAGAGAUUGAUCACCGACAUGAACUCAGGGAAGGGAUAGACACUGACGAGGAUGAUUCAAUUCAUAGCAUAGGACAAGAAGGUGAAUUAAAGUUUGGACCUUGGAGUAGUUAACAGUUUGUCGCUUGCAAAUCCUGCCAAGUCCAACAAGGACUAAGAAUUCUGAAUGGGGAUCAAUAUUGAGGUUGAUGAUAAGUUCACAAAUUCGGCCUUCUGGAACACAACCUCAGCUCCUUUGAGAUUAGAAUGGGCAAAUAUUCAAGGGAGUUCUCACUCCUUACCUUAUACACUUGAAGAUUCAUUAAUUAGUUCUCACUCAUCAGCUCAAUUGUCAUCAUUAUGCUAUUGAUGGGAUGGCAUAUGGUGCUUUUUAUGCAGUGUCUCAGGAAUAAUAUCUAAAAAGUAAUCCUCUUUUUACAUUUUGACAGUAUUAGUUUAUUUUGGUUCUGUGGGACUUUUCUCAUCUGUUGGGACUAAAGUUCAUUCCAUCUA